AUGAAACGUAGUCCACCUAGCAAAGAAGAUUUGUUAAAAGAGGAAUAUGUUUCCACUUUAACUUACUUCUUGCGUGAUAGUAGCGUUUAUGAUUGUUUAUCUAUAAAUAAUCAAGUUUCUGUUGUUGAUAUGACAUUGUCUAUUUUUGAUACUUUCAAGAUAUUUAUUGAUUCUCAUGUUGAUGAAGUAUUAUUUUGGAAUCAGGAGAUUGCAAACUAUGACGGUGUGUUUACAUCGACAGAUCUUAUUAAGACUGUUUUAAAAUGUUAUUACAAUGUACUCUAUGAUAUCCCGAAUAGUAAUUUAAUAUAAUCUAUUUUUAGAUAGUUUGGACGACAAAUAAUAUAGCAGCCAUUAUUGAAAUGGAGAAUGAAGAUGAGUCUUAUUCACCAAUCCAGAGAACCACAUAUGGAAGAUUAACGAUAGAUCAAUUCAAUUAAUUAUUAAAAGAUUUUAAGACUAUUUCCAUCAAGACUUGGUUUAAUAGUGUGGGGGAAAAUUUGCAUUAGAAUUGUUUAGUAAAAGCUGAAUUAGAUGAUAAUUUGAAUGAUAUCUGCUAGAAAUUUAUAACAGAAAAUAUUACUAGAAUCAUUGUCAUAGAGAAAGAAACAAAAAUGGUGGCAGGAAUUAUUCAACAGAAGGAUAUCCUUAGUUAUCUUGUUAAGGGAUUUAACUAAUAUUUUGCUCUAAAGAAACAUUAAAAUGGAGCAAGCACCUCUAAUCACGAAUAGCAUGAAUUGCAGAUGGACUAUUUCAAGGAGGAAGCUAUGAAAUUGAAAUAUACUUUGCCAGCAGAUAUUCCUGUUUAUGAGUAUCUAUUUAAAUUGUAUUCUUAGUCUAUUCUAUAAAUUAAUUUAUGUUUACAAAAGGAAUACAAUUGCGAUUGUAGAUAAAAACUAAAAGUAUUUGGGGUUGAUUGACAGAAGAGAUUUUUUAUUUAUUUUGAAAUAUUAGAUGUUUGAUAUAGUAAUUGUUAUAAAUCCUAUUAAUUAGUUAGCGUCUACAGCAGAGAAGUUGUUGCAAUUGAUUAAAGCCGAAGAUUCUAAAUAUUUGGCAUUUCACAUUAGAAAUAAAUAACAAUUCACAUUUAAUCAAACAAUAAAACAAGUAAAUUCAGUAUUAAAAUGCGUAGGUUGUCGAAAAUCUAUUAUUGUCUCCGAGGGGUAGCUUAGUGUGUCUAGAUAGCGAAGAAAGGUUGGUGACUAUAUUUUAGAUCUCAGACCUUUUCAAGGUAUUCGUGACGGAUAAUGAGAAUUAAGAAAAUUGUGGAUAAUGA